GAUAGCCACCUGCAGAGCCGUAGAGAGGGAACUAGUUUCUAUGACUCUGGCCCACCUGCAUUCAUGCAGCCAAUAGGAUUUCUGGCACGGUGACGUCUCAAGUACAUAAAGGGUUAAAGGGAUCUGUUGAAGUCACUUUGAAAGAAAGACGCAUCUUUGCGAUUAACCAUGGUGUCUCAACGAUCACUUACAAUUGACACUGAGAAAGCGACAGGGACGACAUAUGUGCUCGGAACGGAGUUGACGGUGAAUUUAAACAGGUGUGCUCCUCCGCAGUCCAAAUCCUUCUCGAUAAAAUGCGGCCCAAACGUGCAUUACAAGGUCACUUCUCCGGCUGGGGACAGGAGCGCUGCUCCGUACCCCCUCACCCCAAACUCUGUCCUCAUCGUCACCAUGGAUACAGUCAGCGAGACUGCAAAUGACAGCAAGCUGUCUGUGAGGUACUAUGGAGAGAAAACAGAGUCGCUCGGGGACGCCGUGCUGCAUCUAACAGCUGUUGAGAUAUCUCUGGACGUUGAUGCUGACCGAGAUGGCGUGGUAGAGAAAAACAAUCCAAACAAGGGAUCGUGGAAGUGGGGUCCUAAUGGCCACGGUGCAGUUCUGCUGGUCAACUGUGACUCAGAGACCACUUACAAGAAGACACUGGACAGUGAGGUUGAUGAGAUCAAUAAAGUGUCAGAUUUACAGGACAUGUCCAAGAUGAUCCUGCGCACCAACGGUCCCGCUGAACUUCCUGAAGGCUAUAAACUGACCAUGCACAUCUCACAGACCACUUCAGAGAACGUGAGAGUCUUUAGACCUCGGACAAGUGCAAAAAAAGACGAUGUGUGGAAGCACAAACUCUUGAAGUUGUUCUUGAAAGACUAUAUCAUGGUGGUGGGAACGGACACGCUAACAGAGGAAGUGCCCUAUCUGGGAGGCAAAACUGAACUGGCGUUCUUUGUAGAGGGUCUUCGCUUCCCUGAUAAAGACUUUGAUGGGCUCGUCACCAUCAACCUCAGUCUACUAGAGCCCUGUGGCAAGGGUUUCCCUGAAACGCCCAUCUUCACAGAUACAGUUGUAUUUCAUAUUUCUCCCUGGAUCAUGACCCCAAACACCCUCAAACCUGUGGAGGUGUAUGUGUGCAGCACAAACGAUAACUACACCUUCCUGAAGAGCAUAAAGAACCUGGUGGACAAGUGUGGCUACAAACUGAAAAUAUGUUAUGAGUACAUGAACCGAGGCGACCGCUGGAUGCAGGAUGAGCUUGAAUUUGGCUACAUUGACUCUCCCCAUCAUCAGUUCCCUGUUGUACUGGAUUCUCCUCGUGAUGGAGAUCUUCAGGAUUUCCCCUAUGAGUCCAUUCUGGGGCCAGACUUUGGGUACGUGACACGGAAUGCUUUGAAUGAGAAGGUCAGCAGUCUGGACUCCUUCGGUAACCUGGAGGUUAGUCCACCAGUCACAGUCAACGGGAAAAGUUACCCGCUUGGCAGGAUCAUCAUUGGAGUGGCGUUCCCUACUGCAACUCGUGGCCGAAACAUGACCCAAGUCGUCCAGGACUUCCUGUGGGCGCAGAAAGUUCAAGAGCCGAUAGCACUGUACUCUGAUUGGCUGGUUGUGGGUCAUGUGGAUGAGUUUAUGACCUUUGUUCCAGCCCCCGACCGAAAGAAAUUCCGGUUGCUGCUGGCUAGCCCUGACGCCGGAUAUAAAGUUUUCAAAAGCUUACAAAAGAAAGGACAUGGAGAAGCAGAAAUGUUUCCAGGUUUGCCAGAGGUCAUCUCUGUAAAUGAGAUUCUGAGCGACAAAAAGCUACAGGCUGAAAACCGAUACGUGCAGAACUGUAUUGACUGGAACAGGGACGUGCUGAAGAAAGAGCUGGGGUUGGAUGAUGAGGACAUCAUUGAUUUGCCCAUCCUGUUUAAGGUGUUAGAAGAGAAAACGGGCCCCAGGGCUGUGGCUUACUAUCCCGACAUGGUGAACAUGAUCGUGUUGGGGGAUCAGCUGGGCAUCCCAAAACCGUUUGGGCCGAAGGUGAAUGGCAGGUGUGCUCUGGAGACAGAGGUGUGUUCUCUUCUGGAGCCUCUGGGCCUCAAAUGUACCUUCAUUGAUGACUUUGCCCCGUACCACAAACUGCUGGGUGAAGUUCACUGCGGUUCCAACGUUCUUCGAGAGCGGUCCCCUUUCAGAUGGUGGAACCUAGAGCUGUGAGAGAGAGUGCCUAUUAAGUCUCGCAACUAGUUCAUUCUAGCAAUAGAGCGAAAUACUAAUGGGAUAAUUCAUAAAAAAAAAAUGAAUGAGUCAUUUACUCACCCUCAUGUUGUUUAAACAGCUCUUUUCCAUAUUUAAUGACAAGGUGCUGUCAAACUGUCAAACAACAAGAAAGUAACCUUUCCAUGAUGAACACAGAAAUUGAAGUGCCUAUUUUGAGAGGUGUUUAUUUUCAGUAAAUGCAGCUUGAUAAAAAGAGCAAACUGUAUACUUAUGAAACAACAUGAGUGCGAGCAAAUACUUUUUAGUAGUUUGUCAAAUUCUUAUGACUUUCCUCUGAAAAGCAGGCCUUGUUUUUAACAGUAUAGUUACUCCUCGGGCUGCGGUGGUGCUGUUUCAUGAUUUUUAAGAAAAGUAAGGGCUAACAAUUAUAAAUAAUGUUUUGAAGUGGUUCAAAAUAAUGUCAAAAAAGCUUAAAGUCUGUACUAUGACUUUCAUGUAACUAUGAACCAUGAAUGUUCAUUCUGUGUUGCCUGAAUAAUAAUGACUGAAAAUUUCAUUUUAUAAUUGGUGAUGGUCUUGGGUGUGCAUUUUCUUUCUCUUUUUUUCCAUAAUAAUGUAGAUUAUAGCACACAAUAAACAUUCCAUGAACCCCUCUGA